CUUGAUACGUGCAUCAGUGUUGCUGGACCCAUCACUAUUAAGUUACACGAAGUGGACAGCUCGCUGCGGUCUCUCCUUUAAACCGGUUCCAGGCCCUUGAUUGUGAUGCACUCAGGAAGUUCACCAGGAAAACUUCAUCGUCACAUGUUUGCUCACUUUCAUGGAGAGGAGCUCCUGGCUCCUGGAAGCUGAGCAGAAUGAAGGGGAAAAUUAUCAUCUCGAUAUUUCUGUCUUUAUGUAUAUUUGCUCGAACUCAGAGUGUCUAUGAGGCCAAGGAGGGCAGCAACAUCACCAUCAGACUGGACCGUCAGCUCCAAGCUGACGUGUCUCUAGCUCACUUGAUGUGUGUUUUCCUCUCAGAUAAUGGAAAUACUUUGUUUAAAAUGAUCAGAGGAGUGGAGGACUCUGAGUCUCAGCAUGAGCAGUUUGCAGGACGGGUUCACAUCGACAGAGACGCCCUGAGAGGAGGAAGAGUCGUACUUCAUGUGUCCAGAGUCACAGCGGAAGACUCUGGAAACUACCGCUGUGAUCUGGCUGCUGAUUAUAAUAAGGUGCUGAGGAGGUGGGAGCAUGAGGUCUCUGAAAAUUUCAUCUUGAAUGUGACUCUCCUUCAUUCAGUGAGCAGAGACGGCUUCCACACAACACCAGAACCAAGUGAAGGAGCAAGAAGUCCUGAGGAGAAACGCAGAGCUCAUGACUGGAACAAUGUUAAAACUGUUUUAGGAGUGCUAAAUGUUGGAGCUCUAAUACUUGGUGGUUUAGUGUUAGUGAUAGAAGAGGCUAAGAGACAUCUGCAAGCAAUACUGUGAAAGUUUUUUUUUUUUUUUUUCCUCUGUGUAGUUGAAUUUUAAUCGAACAAUUUUUAUGCUCUGAUUUAUGUUUUGAUGUAUUUCGUUUUGCACUUAUAAAGACAAAAGCCUAGAUCUUUAUAUUCAAAGAUUCAUUCGAAGUUACAUUUGAUCCAAAUGCACAUUUCUCAGCAUCAUUAUGGCUCCAGGCAGAUCCCCUUCGUGGUCUCCUGCAAAUAAUAACCACAACUUUUCAGCCGUUCUCAGUAUCAGCUUCAACUAUAAGCAUGGGUUAUGAAAGAAAAAUCACUGAACAUGCACUUUUACUCUUUUUAACAUGACCUUAGACAUUUUAAGUGGGUUUUCUGUCUCUUCAGAGAACUCACUCUCAGCAAAUAAUGUGAGCCGUGCAGCAUUUCAGCUGAAAAUUGACAAUGACUCAUUUUCAUGUUCUCACAGUAAUGUUACAGUAACACACUUCAUUUCUAUUAAAAAUGUAAGUGGCAAGACAUAAAACCAUUGAUGUAAUUGUUUGGUCUUUACAAAUCACAUCUGACUUAAACAAAGAUAAAAACAAUAAAUGUAAUAACUGCACCCUUCAGUUUGACAGACGUGUUUCAGUCUUGGAUAAAAGCUGCAAUAGUCUCAUGUAUGUAACGUUAAAUAUCUGAAUUAAGCACUUUUUAAAUGUAAUACUUGCAAUAAUUUCUAAUAACAUAAGCUUCACCUUAAAACACCUUUUUUCAGUUUCAUGUAAAAAAAUUAAAAAAUAACAGUGUUUAUGGGUUUUUGGUGUUAUUUCUGUUUAGGUUUUUUUUUUUUUUUUUUUUUUUAUUGGUUUUAUAAACGCACUACCCAAGUUUUUGGAUAUUAUUUUGUAUUUGUAUAAAUAUUUUUUUAAACAAUAUUAAAACAUAUGUUGGUAUUUUAACAAAG